AUACAGAACGGAAUACGUGCAAACCGAAACUAAACAGUAGAGAACAGCAAAGACUGACCUCCCUCUAAAGGGUAACCUUAAUUCAUCAAUUUAUUCAUUAAUUUCUCUUUUUUUGUACACUUCACGAUGUUCAUUUGUGAGCGUGUUGUUGUAUAACAAACGCUCCUUUUAUGGAUGACGACUUUAUGGCGAAUAAGUUCGUCUCAUACAAACGCAAUACGCGUUAUAGUAAACGCAAAAAUGCUGAUGUAACAUGUUUAAUGUACACGGUCUUUGUAUUGUUCACUAUCCUACGAGAUCGUGUUUUCUUUGUGCAGUCCAAUGACGCAAUCACAUUUUCAGACUGCACCUUGCCUGUGUGUAAUCUUAUACGUAAUGCCUUCGUUUUACCUUUCUAGCUUAGGCAUCACUCAUAAUAUAUUUAAAUUAUCAAAUUUUUGUUUCUCGAAUUUCUAUUCUCAGGGUAUUUUUGAUUAAAGCAUGUAUUAAUGUCCAGUUUGAAGUAGGCCUGGGCGGUUUCUAUUUAGUGUGAUUUAUUAUAAUUAACCUAAAUUAACACAUUUCUAAUGCUUUUUCCCCUUUUAAGUGCUAUAAUGACAUACGCAAGUGACAGGCUUUAUAAUGAGGUGAUCAGGUGGAACUUGGGUCGUUAUACAGAAAUAGUCAAAGUCAGCGAGAUUUUGCUUUACUUGCCAUGCCUCACGCUCACUGAUAGGGAGGAGGUUGAAGCCAGAAACACUUCUACUGGCAACUCUGCUGCUGUGCAGAUGCUUUUGAGCAACCUGCGCAGACGAGAGAACUGGCCUGAGGAGUUCAUCGCUGCACUGCAGAGGUGUGAACACAGAACACUGGCUGAUCAGCUCAGUGAUGCUUAUAACAGGAUCAGGGGAAGGACGAAUAAUGCAGCUGCUGCACCUGCACAAGCUCCUGCUGCUGAUUCCACAGCUGCUGCUACAACAACAACAACGGUAACUACACCUACUGUCCCAGUGACCACUCCUCCCCAUCUGACUCCACCUUCAGUUAAUGCUCCAGCACAGACGACUGCUCCUUCAGACAUCGCAGCUCAAGUUCCACCACCACCUUCUGAUCUUCUGCAUGUAGAGCAAGUCCCCGCUCCAGACGCCUCUCCUGAACCUGCAUCUCAACCUCAAAUUCCACCUCCUGUUGUAGUUUCCUCCCAAACAUCUCUCCCUGUUGUCCCAACCUCCGAAGUGGCUUCAAGUAAAGUUUCAAACCAGGGUGGGGAAACUGAGAACGAAACAACCAUUUCUGACACCCCAGAUGGCCAAACCACCACCUCCUUAACUGAUGGCAAGGUUCUCUCCACCUCAAGUGCUCCAGCAUCCUCCUCAAGCGCCUCUCUUGACCCCACUACAAACUCCCACUCCAUCUCACAGAGCUCCCAGAACUCAGAGAAGGACCAGGUACCAUUAGUUGUUGAAGAGACCUCAGAGAAGCUCCCUGUCCAGGACACCAAUUCUCCUUUAAAUAUGGAACCAGAAGAAUGCUCUGACCCAACUGUAAAUGAGACUGUUCAGUGGACCAACACAGUUGGAAUGCCAAUCAAAGCCCAAACAACUGCCAUAAAAACACCUCAGGCAACACCUUCUUCCCCUGCUGAUGUAGUUACUCGCUGCCUCCCUUCUGUCAGCCAGGAAUAUUUCAGUAAACCUGGUGUUCUUCAUCCAGAUGAAGAAGAGCCGUGCUCGACAACUACAGAUGAUUUGGAGAUCAGCAGGACACCAGAGCCUUCAGCAGAACUUGGACAGUCCAGUAGUCUUGAGCACUCCAGCAAGCCUCACUCUUUCAUCAAUGAGAGCUCAGAUGCUUCCUCAUCUCAAAACCUGCCUCAAGAGGACCUCUUUGAAUCUCUAUGUGAAAGUGAAGCAGGAAUACUGACCAGCAUAAUUCACUUUGCUGAGGAAGGAUCUGCUGAAAAUUUAAAUGGUCAGCCACCAAACAUGCUUGGUAACAUAUUCAAUCCAUGUGGGGGUUCAGAAAAUCUGCAACAUAGCAAAGGAAUCUCUAAAGACCAACCUGUCCAAACUUAUGAAAACAGAGAAAGUGUGGUUUAUCUUCGUAAGCCAUCUGGCCGAGAUGCCAUCAGACCAUCAGACCAGGAGAGGUCAACAUCCAUUAACUACCAGGAGCAAGAAUCAAAUGCCACCAAGCAAGCAAGUAGUCCUAAAGUAGGCCCGAGAGAAGAGGGCCAGACAACAAGCCACAUAAAUAAACUCCACCUUACUGCUGCAGCAGCUGCUGUAGGCAUUGGCCUUUUUGUGGUCUGGAAAAUCAAGGAAAGUCUUAGUAGUUUGUGUUGUGGAAAUGAGAUGUGCCCAAUGGUUAUGAAGGUGUUGGAUGAGCGAGCAGGUGUGUCCACUCUGACCGCAACUGACGCGUCGUGUCAAACUCUCCCAGAUCCAACAUUUGGAGUCAUGGAGGAUAACUUUUCUAUUACUUUUUCCCUUCCAAGUGCUAAAAUGACAUACGCAAGUGACCGGCUUUAUAAUGAGGCGAUCAGGCGGAAUUUGGGAUAUUAUGCAACAAUAGUCAAAGUGAAAGAGAUUUUGCCUUAUUUGCCGUGCCUCACGCUCACUGAUAAGGAGGAGGUUGAAGCCAAAAAAGACUCUGCUGGGAACUAUGCUGCUGUGCAGAUGCUUUUGGACAACCUGCGCAGACGAGAGAACUGGCCUGAGGAGUUCAUCACUGCACUGCGGACCUGUGAACACAGAACACUGGCUGAUCAGCUCAGUGAUGCUUAUGACAGGAUCAGGGGAAGGACGAAUAAUGCAGCUGCUGCACCUGCACAAGCUCCUGCUGCUGAUUCCACAGCUGCUGCUACAACAACGGUAACCACAGUAACCAUUCAUAUUGUCCCAGUGACCACUCCUCCCCAUCUGACUCCACCUUCAGUUAAUGCUCCAGCACAGACGACUGCUCCUUCAGACAUCGCAGCUCAAGUUUCACCACCAGCUUCUGAUCUUCUGCAUGUAGAGCAAGUCCUUGCACCUGCCGCCUCUCCUGGACCUGCAUCUCAACCUCAAAUUCCUCCUCCUGUUGUACUCUCCUCCCAAACAUCUCUCCCUACUGUUGUCUCAGCCUCCAAUGUGACUUCAACUGUUCAGCAAAAUGAAGUCCGACCCCAGGUUGGGGCAACUGAAAACAAAACACCCAUUUCAGACAAACCAGAUGGCCAAACCACCACUUCCUUAACUGAUGGCAACCUUUUUUCCACCUUAAGUGUUCAAGCUUCCUCUUCAAGUGCCUCUCUAAGCCAAACUACAAACUCUUACUCCACCUCACAGAGUUCCCAGAACUCAGAGAAGGACCAUGUACCAUUAGCUGUUGAAGAGACCUCUGAGAAGCUUCCUGUCCAGGACACCAAUUCUCCUUUAAAUAUGGAACCAGAAGAAUGCUCUGACCCAACUGUAAAUGAGACUGUUCAGUGGACCAACACAGUUGGAAUACCAAUCAAAGCCCAAACAACUGCCAUAAUAACACCUCAGGCAACACUUUCUUCCCCUGCUGAUGUAGUUACUCGCUGCCUCCCUUCUGUCUGCCAGGAAUAUUUCAGUAAACCUGGUGUUCUUCAAGUUCCAAAUGAAGCAGUUGUCAUGCAAGAAGAGCCGUGCUCGACAACUACAAGUGAUUUGGAGAUCAGCAGACCAGAGCUUUCAGCAGAGCCUGUACAGUCUGUUAGUCUUGAGCACCCCAUCAAUCCUCUCUCUUCCAUCAGUGAAAGCUCAGAUGCUUCCAGCCUGAACCAGCCUGAAGAGGACCACUAUGAAUCUUCAUGGGAAAGUCAAAUGGGAACACGGCAACAUGAAUUACGUUGGUCAGAGGAACCAUCUGAUGAAAAUUUAAAUGGUCAGCCCCCAAGAAUGCUGAGUAACACAUUCAAUCCAUGUGGGGGUUCCUGAAAUCUGCAACAUAGCACAGGAAUCUCUGAAGACCAGCCAGCCCAGAGUUAUGAAAACAGAGAAAGUGUGGUUUAUCUUCGUAAGCCAUCUGGCCGAGAUGCCAUCAGACCAUCAGACAAAGAGAGGUCAACCACUAUUAACUACCAGGAGCAAGAAUCAAAUGCCACCAAGCAAGCAAGUAGUCCUAAAGUAGGCCCGAGAGAAGAGGGCCAGACAACAAGCCACAUAAAUAAACUCCACCUUACUGCUGCAGCAGCUGCUGUAGGCAUUGGCCUUUUUGUGGUCUGGAAAAUCAAGCACUAAUUCUGAAGUCUUAAAGUUAUUAAAAGUGCUGUCACACUCAUGUUUAACAAAACCAAGUUUCCAAGUUGCUUUUCUUCAGUAAAGUGGAUACUAACUGUUCCAAGCUCCAGAAAUGUACAGUACAAGUAGUCUUUUUUUGCACUGAAAACCAAGUCUUCUAAAGCCAUAUACAGCAGCUUUGUGUAAGGAUUGUAUUUGUGCAUACAUUUACACCUGUACGGCCCGACCAUUCACAUCCUUAAAAUCAAACUCUGAUCUUACCUCUUACCUGAUCCAAUUUGCUCCAUAUUAUGUUAUACAGUAAUCAGCUGUACAUUUAUGAAAGGUCACAUGAGUAUACAGGGCUCUUGCACUUUUAUGUAAAACUAAUUCUAAACACUCGCUCAAGAAAUACACAGAUCUACAGAGCUGCUCCUAUCACCACGUCUUUACAAAAGACUCAAAGUUUGCUCUGAAACACAUUUUAUUCCUUUUGAAUAUUUUAGUGAACUCUUUUUCCAUCAGUCCCACAUCCACUCUUUCUCCAAAUUCCUUUUAAGACUGUCCAACUGGAUAAAACAAUGCAUCUGCACAGGUGGCUGUAAAUAUGGAUUGAAAAUAACCAAGUGUCAUGUUUCUGGAGAAAAAAAAUCCUAUUUUUGUUUCAGUUAUCACAAAUGCAGCAACGAAGAAAGUGUUGAAUCCAUGUUGCUGUGUACCAAAAUUGCACUUUAGAUUUGAUUAUUGUAAUGUUUAAGUUCUAUUUUAUUCAUAAUGAAAACAGAGAAAAAAGUAUGAAUGACUCAGAGUUAUGUGUACUCUCUUUCAACUGAACAUUUAAUAUCUGUGUUUGGUAAUAUUUUAGCCUAAAUAGCACUUUUACAACUUUUGGUGUGAUGUGAAAUUCAGUAUGGCUGAAUAUGGUUUUAAAUAAACUGCAUGUGGUAAUGUUAUUACUGAUAUUUUAAGCGUUUUCUGGGAUUUUCUUUACUAUAUAUAAAUAAAUAUAUGAAUGCACAGUAGUCUCUGAAACAAUAUAUGUGACUAAACUGUUUCUUGUAUGUGUAAUUGUGUCCAUCUUGUUUUCGGUUAAUGAUUUUAAAAUAAAGUGGCCUUCUACGA